AUGCGUUUAAGGUUAGGGAGGCAAGAGUACAAGAACUUCUACAAAAGAACUUGGGAUGUCAUAAUCAUUUUGGUUAUUAUUGAAGUUAAAUUAAAUCCAAACUUUUUGCGUCGAAUUUUACUUAACAGUUUAAAAAUGACAACAGAUUUUUUUUUAAAUGUUCUGAUAUUGUGCUGGAUUAUUAAAAGGUUUGUCCGAGUGAACCUGGCAGAAGAGGAGGAAUGCAAGAAGAGGGUGAUUGAAAUUAAAAAAUCGGCCGCUAAACAAGAUGUCGUUGAGUUUUUAAAUUGUAGUUUAGUUUUCCAUGUGCAAUUUAGUUCUCCCUUCAAAGAGUUAAUAAUGACUGGCGGUGUGUUAAGAGAUUUUGACCAGUUCUUCUUCGAGCACGGCGUCCCGGAUAUCAUUUCUAUAUCCGAUGUUGAGGUGGUUGAUAAAAGAAGACAUGUCGACGAUGAUAGAUUUCUGUUUCAUGCCCACUUUUACAAUAAAUCGCUAUUGACAAGAAAUGUGCUCCAAGUCAGCAGAACAGAUCUGAGCAGUUUCAACUUGAAAAAGAGUAAAAUUUUCCGAUUUUUUUCAGUAGUAAAACUCAAUGAUACAAACAUUAAUCCUAAAUAUUUAACCAAAUUUGAGAGAUUGGAGGUUUUUCAUCUCACGUUUAGCGGCAUCAACGAGCUUCCAAAAAACUUUCUACAAGGCUCAGAGAAAUCUCUCCAAGAAAUUAAUUUAGCCGGAAAUCCGCUGUAUUUUCUUGCCGGAUUCAAUUUUAGCAAAUUUAUUAAUCUUAAAAAAUUUAUCUUAUCAGAGGAAAACAACUUCUUGUUCGCGGUUCUGCAGUCAACUGGAAGUCUGUCAAGUCAUGUUUUGCGUUCAACUGUGCCCGAAGGCUGUAAACAGUGCAAGCAGAUAGCAGCGAUUACUAAGUACAGAAUUUUUAAAACUAGAAGUACUACUGCAGCUGCUCAGCCUAGGACGUCUACAACGACUACAGCCACUUCAACUACUGCAGAUUCUGUAGCAACUAUAGCUUCCACAACUACUUCACUUAAUGAGUUUGUAACAUACGGGACUACAUCAACCAGAAAAAUUACAACGACCACUUCAAACUUUACCACAACUUCACAGAUAGACAGUACCAACACUACUUCUUAG